AUGGCAAAUAGUUUUUUCACCGUUGAUCCAGUAAACAAAUGGGGCAUAUGGUUCAGUGCACACACACGCUGCCUUGCUCUGGCAAGCAUAAUGUCCCGCGUUGAACGACAGCAGCUGAACGACAAGGACAAAACCGACCCGGGAAACUUUGACAAAAGUCACGAUCCGGUGUAUUUAUCCAUGGCGGUCUAUUCGAUACUGUUGCCAACUUACAAUGAAAAGGAAAAUUUACCCAUCGUUGUUUGGUUGAUCGAUAAGUAUCUUUCAGAAAGUGGUCACGAAUAUGAGGUAAUUAUCGUUGAUGACAACAGUCCUGAUGGUACCCUGGAUGUGGCGAAGCGAUUGCAAGAAAUCUAUGGGAAGGAAAAAAUCGUGCUCAAACCGCGUAAGGAAAAGCUUGGUUUGGGUACGCUCAGUUCCAUUCCUGUUUUACAGUGUAUACCUCUUUACACAGGUACAGCCUAUCUGCAUGGAUUGCAGUUCGCUAAGGGCGAGUAUAUCGUGAUCAUGGAUGCGGAUCUUUCUCAUCACAUGGAGUCACGGAGUCACAUUUUUAGGCUACAGAAAAAAGGGGACCUUGACAUUGUUACCGGUACGCGGUAUUCCUUGAACGGGGGCGUAAGCGGAUGGGAUCUGAAGCGGAAAUUUAUCAGCCGCACCGCAAACUACAUCGCCCAAGUCUUGCUCCGACCGAAAGCAUCUGAUUUAACUGGAAGUUUUCGGUUGUACAAACGCAACGUCCUGAAGGACCUCGUCUCACGAUGUACCUCCAAAGGCUACGUGUUUCAAAUGGAGAUGCUCGUCCUUGCUUCCUCCCUGAGUUAUACCAUCGGUGAAGUUGGGAUAACAUUUGUCGACAGAUUCUACGGGGAAUCAAAACUUGGCGGUUCGGAAAUAGUGCAGUACCUUUUGGGGCUUUUGCGACUGUUUGUAACUUGUUGAUUUCUCCUGAACUGUAAUUUUCGAACGAAGUACAUUGAUUCAUAAC